UGACUGAGCCACCCAGGGGCCCCUCUUUUGCAUAUGAAUAUCCAUUUUUGCCAACAACAGUUAUUGAAGAGAUUAUCUUUUCUCUAUUGAGUAUUUUAUGCUCUCUUAUCAAAUAUUAGUUGACCACAUUUGCAUGGUUCUGUUUCUGGGCCACACUUAAAUGUAUAAAGCCACUCCCUGGACUCUCUGCUAGAGUGCUUCUGGGUUUGGCAGCUUCCCAGGAGCCCUGGUCAGCUUCCUGGUUGGAUGGUACUAGGAGAUAUACUCAGCAGUAGGUGGGGCUAUGAAUUGGCUUUUCUGCCUGGAAAUGGUGGAGAUAGGCUCUAAGGCCAACAAGGCUCAUUGUUUGAGGUUCUGAAUCAGGCAGAACUGUGUGCUGAUUUCCCUGGACAAAUGAGGCCACUGUCCUAGCUCUGCAGGUGGGCAGCACUGCUGACUGCUGAACGAUGCUCCUUUUUAGGUGGUCUGGGCAGGUUUCUGGUUGGGCUGGGCCUGAUGGGUCAGUGGAUGAGUUUAUGAAUUGGUUUCCAGCCUGUACAGAGUGGCAGAACAGGCUCCAAUGCCAGAAAGCUUGCCAUUUCAGAUCCUAGAUUAGACAGAACUGCCCACCAAAUUACCCGGUGGUCAGAUGGGACCACCAUCUGGUCUCUGCAAUGGGUAAAACCUCCGGUGGGGAUUUCUACCUGAGUGUCAAUGCAAAUAGGAACUCAGUCUGCCAGGAUCUGAGCACUGAUUGCUGAAAGUCCUGCCUCCUUCUCCCUCACAAUCGGAUUCCCAGUAAUCAUACCCCACAGAUUCCCCUGCCGUCCCCUAGAGGUGAGACCAGAUUGGACAUCCCACGAAAUGACCCACAAUUCUGGGGGAACUGGAUAACCACCCACCUUGGGAUCUCUCCCUCCCCCUCCUGCCCCAACUGGGGAAACCAUAGGUGAAAGGAAUCCUGUUGGUGUGGCACUGUGCCAGCAUGGGAGAGUGGCAGUACAGUCAAAGUGUGGCUGACCUCUACCCACCUGUGUGGUCUCUGUAGUCCAAGGUAGGUGUUUCUGCCUCAUUCCCAUGUUCUAGGAUUUUCAAAAUGUUGUCUUGCCUAUGAAUAGUUAUUCUAUUGCUAGUUGUCCUGGGGAGGGGGCUGAUGUCAGGAAUGACCUAUAGUGCAAUCUUGAUGAUGUUUUUCAGAACUAAAACACCAAAGUCUAAACUCUUAACCACAGUACUAUGCUGUUUCCUAAGAAACAAAAUAUUCUAAAAUUGAGACGAUAGUUGAGGGCAAUAGUGAGUUGUGCUAGCCUCUGUAUGGAAUAGUUUGUGUGAAGGCUUCCCUAAGAAGACGUAUUCCAUAACCUAAUUGAGCACCUCUGCUGUGCCCCCAAGAGAAUGUUUUCAGAAUUACAUAUUAUGAUGUAACUUACCAGGCCAUUUUGGAGAUGUUUUAUUAGAUAAAUUUGUUUAAAAGUUUGAGAAGUUAUUAUAAAAAGGAUAAUAUUUUUCAUGGUUGAGAUAAGAAAUUUAAGAAACCUAUGUAGAUGAUCAUCUGGGGGAGAAGAGCUAUUUCAAAUGUAUUCUUCAAUGAUGCCACUUAUAUAGCAGUUACAUAUUUAUCAGAGGUCUUUUAAAAACCUAUUAUUUUAAUCAAUGAUUCUUAGUAUUAUAUAUAAGAACCAUAGGGUUUCUAUUGCUUUUUUUAAAGUGGUCAAUUUUUAAAUAUCUCUUUUAAUUUUCAUGAGACGUCAUGGAAUAACUGAGAACCUGAAGCACUUUUUAAAAGGUAAUUCCUGACACUUUAAGAUGAAAAGGUGUGGUCUUUUCUUCAGGAAAGUGAAGCAUUGCUUCUUUCCCAGUUCUCAGCGGAGGGGAGAAUGACAUAUAUGAGCAAUGUAAUUCUGUCAUUUCACCUGAGUCAGCAGUGCAUUCUCUUCUCUCUUUUCUGAUUCUAGAAGCACCAAGCCAAUGAGUGGGAGAGGAAAUAUUACAGAGGUCACUUAUUUCAUCCUUUUGGGAUUCUCUGAUUUCCCCAGAAUCCUAGCAGUGCUCUUUGUUGUAUUCCUGCUCAUCUACAUUAUGACUCUGACUUGGAACUUGUGCCUCAUCAUCUUAAUAAGGAUGGACUCUCACCUCCACACACCCAUGUACUUCUUCCUCAGUAAUCUGUCCUUCAUGGAUAUCUGCUAUGUGACCUCCACAGCCCCCAAGAUGCUCUCCAGCUUUUUCCAAGAGCAGCAGACUAUCACCUUUGUGGGUUGCGCCGUUCAAUACUUUGUUUUUUCAAUCAUGGGACUGAGUGAGUCUUGUCUCAUGACAGCCAUGGCUUAUGACCGAUAUGCCGCCAUUUGUAAUCCUCUUCUCUAUUCAUCAGUCAUGUCACCCACCCUGUGUAUUCGGAUGGUGCUGGGGUCCUAUCUGGCUGGACUCUCUGGUUCUGUAUCCCAAUUGUGUGCCAUACUUCAGCUUCACUUCUGUGGGCCUAAUGUCAUCAACCACUUCUUCUGUGACAUGCCCCAGUUGUUAGUCCUGUCCUGCACUGACACUUUCUUUGUGCAACUCUUGACUGCUAUAUUAACAGUGAUCUUUGGGAUAACAAAUGCCUUCAUUAUCAUGAUAUCCUAUGGCUAUAUUGUCAUCUCCGUCAUGAAGAUCACUUCAGCUAAAGGCAGGUCCAAGACUUUCAACACCUGUGCUUCUCAUCUGACAGCAGUUUCCCUCUUCUAUACCUCAGGUAUGUUUGUCUAUUUGAGUUCCAGCUCUGGUGGCUCCUCCAGUUUUGACAGAUUUGCAUCAGUAUUCUACACUGUGGUUAUCCCCAUGUUGAAUCCCUUGAUUUACAGUCUGAGGAACAAGGAAAUCAAAGAUGCCUUGAAGAGGCUGCAAAAGAAGAAAUCUUCCUGCUGAGGUCCUGUCCAGAUUUGUCCCAUCAGAAACCUUAAAACAAUAUGCACAUGAAUGAACUAUAACAAAAUUUAUACUAUCUUUGUAUAAAGAAAGCUUAAUUUGACACAGAUAAUAUGCCAAAUGGACUGACACGUGACUUGAUUCCACACAAACACAGUACAUUUAAGUCCUGGAAUUUCAUACUUUUACCCUACAUGAAUAGUGGCCUCAUUUAUAAGUAAUCUGCAAGUAUUUGUAAAAUUUUAAAAUUUAGAAACCUGUCACUUUUUGCUUCGGAGAUUGAGCCCUGUUCAGUCUCAAACCUCUGAUUGUAAAAGAGUGAUACCUGACAGAUGCCCCCAGGAAUGUAGAAACCUGUCUCCCAAAUAUUUUGAUGCAGUGUAAUCAAGACUUGAUGAUGAUGUUUAUUCUGUGUUUCUGACCAUAAUGGGAGAGAAUAGAGAAAGGGGAUGUGUCUUUGAAAAGAAACGAAACUAUACAAUUAGCCAGUUGUGUCUUCUGGGAAGAGCAGUCUGAGAUAGCUAAUGUUUGUCUAAGGCCUUUUUCAGGGCUAAUCAUCUAUUAAGAUUUGGUCACAUUACCAGGUGUAAUCUAAAGAAGCGGGGGGUGAUUUGAAUCAUAAAGAGUAAUGGAAUGAAGGAUGUGGUCCCUUCAGUAGCAUUUAUUUAUGAGUUUGAUGUUUUAAUUCUUGAAUCUUAUGUCCAAUGUGGAUUUCUGGGGGAGAUGCUGUGCAAAAUUCAUGUCAACUAAUAGCAAUUUCUGAUACUGUAGGACUCAAACCUCUUUCCCCCAUUAAAUCUGGAAAAUUUGCCCUGUUGACAUAGGCAAUGGGAUCACACUACCAAAUUGUUCUGGUAUUUUAAGCAUCUGUUCAAAUUUGGUGUGAGGAGAUUUGUGUGAGAAUUCAUUGUAACAAUAUAGUUACUGAAUGUUCAAUGUUUGCAGAGACCAAGAACAAAUAUAGAAGGUUUUACACACUCUUUGCUAUUGUGUGUGUUCAAUAUUUUAUGUCCUAGAUUUUUGGUUGUAU